AACUCCAGCAGAUUGUUUCUGUUCGGGGCUCCGGGGUCGCUUUCGGGUUUAUAGAAACUUUUCUCAUGAAGUCACAACCAGAGAGAGGAGAGGGCUUGAUCGUGUCGUGAGACUCGUUAGAAUGGAAUAAAAGAAGAAAGAAACAGAGUUUGAGCGACAUUCCGUUUCUGGAGGAGGAAGAGGAGGAGGUUUACGGUUAACUCUGCGCUCCUGAAGCUGAUCUCAGUCCAGUUGUGAUGGCGCUGCUGCUGUGUCUGUGUGUCCUCCUGCUGCUGGAGUCCUGUGUGAGCCACACUCUGUUCACCUGUGAGCCUGUGCAGGUGCAGUGGUGUCUCGACAUGCCCUACAACACAACCUUCUUCCCCAACAUGCUGGAGCACUACGACCAGGACAUCGCUGCCGUCAGGAUGAAGGAGUUCAUGCCGCUGGUCAGUGUUCGCUGCUCACCUGAUGCACACCUGUUCCUCUGCCAGGCAUUUGUGCCGGAGUGCCGCACACACACACACUCACAAACACACACACACGUGCUGCGGCCAUGCAGAGAGCGCUGUGAGCGUGUGCGGUCCGACUGCAGAGCUGUGAUGCACACCUUCGACAUCAGCUGGCCCUCAGAGCUGCAGUGUGAGCGACUGGAGUCGUGUGGAGGCUCUGCUGUAGACGUGACCACGGCGGGCCGCUCCGGCGCUGGCUCCUCGCCGCGGGACCUGGGCUUUUGGUGUCCGCUCCAGCUAAAGCUGCGGCCGGGGCAGAGCGGCUCCUUCCUCGGGGCCCCAGACUGUGCGCCGCCCUGCGAGAACAUGUUCCUGACGGCGGCGGAGCAGCAUCUGGCCCGGCUCUUCAUCGGCGUCUGCUCCGUGGUGUGUUUGUGCGCAACGCUCUUCACCUUCCUCACGUUCCUGAUGGACGCGCAGCGAUUCCGCUACCCUGAGCGGCCCAUCGUCUUCAUCUCCGUCUGCUACUGCGCCGUCUCGCUGCUGUACCUGCUGGGCUUCAUGCUGGGGCCGUCGGUGGCCUGCGGGGCUCCAGGGCGGCCCGGCGGCGUGUGGACGGUGGUGCUGGGGGCCCGGAGCCGCGGCUGCUCUCUGCUGUUCACGCUGCUGUACUUCUGCUCCACCGCCGGCAUGCUGUGGUGGGUCAUCCUCACCAUCACCUGGUUCCUGGCCGCCGGGCCCAAGUGGAGCUGUGAGGCCAUCCAGAAGCAGGCGCUGUGGUUCCACGCGGCAGGCUGGGGCGUGCCAGCGGUGCUGACGCUGCUGCUGCUGGCGCUGGGCAAGGUGGAGGGUGACGGCAUCAGCGGCGUGUGCUUCACGGGCCUGUACGACCUGACGGCGCUGCGCUGGUUCCUGGUGGCCCCGCUGGCACUGGCGGUGCUGCUGGGCUUGGCGCUGCUGCUGGCGGGCAUCGUGGCGCUGAACCGUGUACGGCAGGUGAUCCAGCACGACCAGCUCAACCAGCAGAAGCUGAAGAGGUUCAUGAUCCGCAUCGGGGUGUUCAGCGGCCUGUACCUGCUGCCGCUGCUGCUGCUGCUGGGCUGUUACCUGUACGAGAUGACCCAGCGCCGCGUCUGGGAGAGCAGCUGGGUCAACCGGCACUGCCAGGAGUUCAGCAUCCCCUGCGCCCGCACCAGCAGCGGUGGCGUGCAGCAUCCCGGACUCUCACUCUUCCUCCUGAAGUACCUGAUGACGCUGGCGGUGGGCAUCCCGGCGGUGUUCUGGGUCAGCAGCAGAAAGACCUGCAGCCGGUGGGCAUCCUUCUGCAGGCGGGCGCACAAGAAAGAUGCGGUCAGCGAGAGCCGGCGGGUCCUGCAGGAGUCCUGCGAGUUCUUCCUGAAGCACAACAGCCGCCCGCAGCAGAGCCGCUCCUCGCUCCGGCUGAAGGUGCUGUCCAAGUCCAUGGGCACCAGUACGGGCACUCCUGCCAGCUGUGCCCCCCCUCCCGCAGCCAGCCUCGACCACACCGCUGCCUCCUCCGACACCGACAGACACAGCCGAGCAGACGCCUCCAGCCGGAUCAGCAGCCGGUCCACGUCUAAAGGUGACAAGCCAAAGGCUCCGCCCACUUCACCAACAGCCAAUGAGAUGUCCGGGUGAACUCUGCAUCUAAAUGGAUUAAGCUCCGCCUCCUGUUGUUGUGCUGCCCGGAGGCAGACUGCAGUACUGUACCACCAUGAACAUCGAACACCGGCUCUCCACAAUCUCAGAGCACAGACUGAGGAUUUCUGCUGUACCUGUAUGCCAAAAACACUGGAAAUAGAGAGUAGUCUUCACUAAUGCUAAUGUUGUGACCAUUAACCAGAUGGAAAUGAAAGUGUUUAUGCAGCCGUGUCUCAGCUCGUCUAGCGAUAGAUCUUUGCUGUAGUUUUGAUGAUGUUCACUGCUGAUUCUCUUUAAGCUGCUGCUGUUUAUAAAGAUCCAGAAUCGGCCCGUUGGGGAGUGUGUAAGGAUGUUGUGUUUGUACUUUGGUAAAGUCUGUAGUCUUUCCUGUCCUGUUCGCUUUACUGUCAGUUCUGGAGAUUUCUGCAUCUUGUGUUGUUCUAAUCGUGUGUUACGGGCUCGAUCCAUCAAUCUUCAGUAACAGGAGCUCAGCUGAGGGAUGAAUCCUGCUGUAUUCAUGUGUUCAUCUUCAUUAUAUAGUUUAUAGUCAUGUCUGAAAUAAAGAGCACAGAAAACAGCUCAGCUAAUAAUGGAGUAAUGUCCUGCUCACGCCAGUGACGUGUUAUUGCAGUCAGUUUAUAUAUUCUUAAAUGUCCUUCCAUUAAGGUGAUGUGUAUCAUACAUGUUCAGUCAAGUGUGUGUGUGAAUUGCUGAAGUGUGUGUGUUGUCCUCGUCACAGGUGAUGGAUCUGAUCUGUUUCAAAUGGUGGUUCAGAGUUCCUGACUAUCCCGAGCGUCUGGACGCCCACACGUUGGACACAUAGCUAUUGCAGAAGAAUCGUCCUUAUUUUAAAAAUAAUUGAUCAAAUUAAAUGCACUAGAUUAAUGGGAUUAUUAUUCUUUCUAAAAUCUAUCACUUGAUCAAUAAAAAAGGCAGACACACAA